AUGAAGCUUUUAACAUCGAUAUAUCGUGACGCUUUGGCCAAGGAUUUAAGAGGGUCGGUUGGAAGGGCGAACGGUUAUAAUUUACAGCAGAUUUUGUAUAAUAAUAGCGGAAUUUUUGGAAAUUUACAUAAAUUUGAAAACUUCUUAAAUGUGUUUGGUUCUGCGCCCGUUUCAUCAGAGUUUGUAUCUUUCAUUGUUUUUUGGAAAGUUAUAUACAUAACUUAUCUAACAUUAGUUAUCGAGAACGACAGUAACAUAUAUAUCAACUCUAACUUAGGGAUUGAAACUGUAUUGAAUGGUAAACACUUUUCCGUUUCACUUGCCAGACCCGAAGUUGUAUACAAAUGUUGUUUUGUGGAUGACGAAUACGUGAAUUCUUUGCGUUUUUUCAGGGAUGAGCUAUUGAAGACAGAUACCUCAUUUAGCAAGACUGAGUUGCUUGAAUCUAUCAGAAGAGCACAAAAGAACAGUAAUUUGUAUGAUUUCUGGUCGAAAGUGUUUGAUAAUUCGGUGAAAAUGUUCGAUUCUGAAGUAGUAUCAGUCUCCGAUAUAUCGACGAUGCUUUUUGGUUUCCUUGUUAAGAAGUACUCAGACGAUGCUUAUUUAGUUUCAGAAAAUGAACCAGCCACUUCUUUUUCAACCGAUUAUGACCAUAUCAGCCCAGGAAACUCGUCUAACACUCCAAACACUACUUCUGAAACCCUAACCAAUAGUCCUAAUUCUGACGAAACAAACCCUCUUUCCGAUAGUGUUGUUUUUACUGCAGAACAUUUCGAAAGCACUUGGUCAAAUUUAGAUACUUCGAACACCUCUAAUUAUGCAUCCAUUAAUACCAUGAAUAAUGUUAAUAACACCAAUAAUAUAGUUAAGGAUAAAGUGGUGGAGUCAUGCGAACCAGAUGAAACUUGGGAUUAUGAGUAUAAAUACCGCAAAUUAUUGUCAGACUUGGAGAGUUGUCUCCCCAGGUUUUAUACUUAUUACUCCGAGGCUAAGUGUGAACUAACAACCUCAAAGGAAGAGAUUAGGAGACUUUUAGAGUUAAACGAGGAAUUAAAUGAUAACUUGACUAAGGAAAAAAAUACCUUUAUUGACAAAAAUUCCCUUUUAAACUCUGAAAUACAGUCUGUUGCUCAACAAAACGAGCACUUAAAAGAUUUGAUCAUGGAAAAGGACAAAGAGAUUGAAACUCUUAAAAAACAACUAGAAGAAGUUACUGUCAAUUUCGAUAGUUCAGAUUAUGGGAAAGUCACCAAAGAGCUGCAAAUUUACAUCGCUAAGUCCGAAGGUCUGAUAAAGUCAAAUGACGUUCUUAAGGCCAAAAUCUUUAAUCUCCAGUCUGAGUUAAGCCAAUUACAGAAUAUGAGUAACACUAACACUGAUAAUAAAUAUACUGAGGAUACUAAGGAGACUGAUAACACUACCGAUGCAGUUGUUGAUAAUGAAAUUAAUGAAAUUGAUGAAAUUGAUAAGAAUUUAAACUCAACUGUCCAAAACGACGAGAUAAUUAAAUUGUCAAAUCAAAUAACUCAAUUAACAGAUGAAUUGAUUCAAUUGAGAGAUAAAUUAACCCAAUCAAAUAUUGAAAUAUCAGAAUUAAGAGAAAGAAAUUCAACUUUAGAAGGAGAUAAUCUUAGGUUAAAGGAAUUAAAUGAAAAAUUAGAAAGUGAAAUAAAAAAUGAAGCCUCACUAAGAAACGAUAAUUUAUUUCUCACCAAUACGAAUAAUGAAUUGAGGAAUACCAUUAGUGACCUUAACAACACUAAUAAUGGAUUAAUUCACAGUAACUCGGAGUUGACCCAUAAUCUGGAGCUGUUAAAGAGGGAAAAUCGGUUGAUAGAAGCUGAGUUUGAUAAGGUUAAAUCGGAAAACGCUCGUUUAGCCUCCGAAUUGGAAGAGAUGAGUGGUAGGAUUGAGUCGCUUACGGCUAAGAAUAACAGUCAAGAGGAUUUUUCAAACGAGUACAAAAAGGCUAAACUAGAUAUAAUGGAGUUAGAAACAAGGUUGGAAGAGUUAACUAGGAAAAACAAUUAUUUGGUGGAGAUAUAUGAACAAGUAUCGUCUGAGAAUUUGAAAUUGGUCUCUAAGCUCGAAAUUUUAAAUAAUCCAAGCCCAACCUACGCCAAAAAUAAACUCGUGGACUUGGUCAAGAAUUAUCAAAAGUAUGAUGAUUUACAAAGCCCAUUGUCAUGUGAAUCAGAAUCCACCGAUUGCGAUCACUCCCCAAACUGCUCUACAGCCUCAGGUGAAGGUUCUACCAAUACACUAACCAAUAAUUUUCAUUCCGACACACUUAGUUCCCAUACAAUUAAUAAUUACCAACAACCUAAUCUAAAACCUACCGUAGAAAAUGAUGUAAAAGACAAUGAAAAGAAUAUUAAAAAUGAAAGAAUAAAGAUAUGUUCGGAAUUGGCAAGCGUAAGGAAGAUGAACACAAUGACCGCCUUAAAAAACGGUUUAGUUAAGCCAAAUUCAGAAAACAGAACUGAGAAUUCUAAUGCUCAAAUAUCCAAAAAAAUCGUACAGAGACGUACAGAUGGGUUCAAAAGGACAAUCUCUAUGAACAAAAACUUGAUAGACAAUAGUUUCAGAAAUGCUCAGUCCCCAAUCAAUUAUGAUAAGCUUUCUCUCAACAAAUCUGAUGAAUUCUCCUUCAGAUAUGAUGAAUUAGGAAUAGAAGAACAACAAGAACCGAACAUCAUCAAGAACACAUUCUCGUUCAUCUAUAAAAAAUUAAAUUUACCUCAUUAA